AUGAAGCCAGCAAAACCAGCGCAAGCUAAUAUGGAUGAACAAACAUUCGUCCCGAGUACGAUGAGGGCCCUUUACUACGGCCUGAGCGACAACCACAGCCACGACGUAACAGCUGUGGGUUGCCCCGAGCCAGGCCUGAUCUUCGAUACCGACUUUCCCACACCCAUACCGUCACCGAGCCAAUAUCUCAUCAAGGUCCAAACGGCCGCCUUCUCGCAUGACGAGCUGCGACUCGCGAAGGUGCUCAACCCGAGAACAUCCAUCCCCAAGAUUCCCCUCCACAACUUCUGCGGCACAGUCAUCAGCACCCCCGAUGAAGAUCACUGGCACCCAUCCGGCCCCAAGUUCAAAGUCGAGGACGCCGUAUUCGGUCUGAUCAGUCACAGCAGGGACGGCGCCGCAGCCGACUACGUCCUCGCAACGGAAGACGAGCUCGCAUUCAAGCCCAGGAACAUCAGCGCCGCAGAGGCAGCAACGAUCCCCUUACCCGCCGUCACCGCAUGGCAAGCCCUCUUCACCUACGGCAAACUGGAUCCCGCCGACACGAACCAUGUGCGUGGUGGCCUGCGCGUGCUCGUCACAAACGCCCGCAACAGCGAGGCCGGCAUCCAGGCCCUUCAGCUGCUGCGGGCCCUGACCUUGUUCCCGCACUAUCGCCCCUGGAUCUGCGCAACCUGCGACAACGAAGAACAGGGGGCAACCCUCCGCGACCAAUUCCAGGUGGACCAGUACAUUGUCGCCGCCCUCCCGUUGCCAGCCGAGUGGGACCUCGCCACAACGUUCAAGCAGAAGCAGUGGGAGCCCGUGGAUAUCGUCAUCGACUGCGCGGGCGAAGAGAUGUUCCAGCAAGCCCACUCGCCAGCGGUUGUCAAGGAAGAUGGCGCCGUCUUGACCGCCGUCGACUCCACGCCGGCUCAGAACGGGCGGACCGAGGAAGAUACGCAGACCGGUAACGGCUCGAAGAAGAAAGGCCCCUUGAGCAGAUUUAUCUCUGUACAACCAAAUGGGAAGGCGCUCGCGCACAUCGCGACAUUAGUUGAGGAACAUAGCGUCCGCGGACGGAUAGAGAGCAUCACGGAUCUGGUCAACGGGGCAGAUAUACUAGCUGCGGGCGCUGCUGGCGCGGGCGGAGGGAGGCGAGGAGGCAUGAUGGUGAUCCGGGUCAACCCAUAG